CGCGAUCGCGAGCAGCCUGUGAUUGGCGAGGAACAACGGCACACGUCGACUUGUUCUCCGACCCCAACUCCCUUGCAUGUCCUCCCCCACAACGAACUCUAAGAGUCCAUACAAUACCUAAUCCUUAAUAGCUGCUUCCAGCUUUUUCGUACAUAUUUUUACGCUGACAUCUCUCUCGAGGCCUGGGCAUACGUAUCCAGGCCGCUGUCCUUGCUAGCCUGCACUCACGUUCUUUUCUAUGGCUCAAGCUGCUGGCCUCAGUCCACCAGCACAAGCACCUCGUCUAUCACAACUGUUGCCUACCGUGAAAUGCUCGAACUGUUCUCAGCCUGUCCCAUUGGCAGACCUAGCCGACCAUGUAUGCCCUCCUCAACCUCCCCUGCCUCCUCUCCAGAGGCUUCCCACAUCUUCGAAUCCUCCUAGUUCCUUUCUGCCACAACGGCUGCAGAGCAUGGUGUCUGCGAGAGCAAAUACGCCUCCUCGGGGACAAGAAUCACGCAGUCCUCAACCUGACUCCUCCCAACGAUUGGCCUCAGCUGUAUAUGCAUCCAGAAAAGACAGCUUACCGUCCACCACAACACCUCCGUCGACCGCAGUACCUCACCGGGGGAACUCUCUGACUUUCCAAGAUCGUCCGUCAACUCAGUCUCCUCCCGUGGGUCCCGUACGGAACGCAGCUCCGACUAUCGAGAGAAUCAAGGCGGCUUCCAAGGUACAUUUCGAACUCAAGUCUCCGCCUAGAAUGAACGACGCGGUAAAUUCUGGAGAUGUGCAUAAUACUAAGUCUGUAGGUGCACGCUUGAGGAGACCAUCAUUAACCGGGAAGGAGAGCCCGGCUCCUCGACAACAACCCCCGGUCCCAUCGUCCACAGGAAGGAAUAAUCUUCAGUCCAACUCCUCUCUUCCACCAAGUUUACAGCCGCGUGGGCCCGGACGAACUCCCUCCGCAAGUUCUUCUGUAGCACAUCGGGGUGCGAUGGACAGGUCUCAGCCUUCCUUUGACCAGUUACAUCGCCCGAAUGUGGAUACCUCACGUCCUUCUUUGGAUCACCAGCGACCACCACCCGACCGUAACGUCAUGCUUGCCCUCACAUCUCACGCAGGUCCUGCCUCUUCGUCGCAGAAGCCUCCGGCAGCUUCGACCGUGCCUUUCCCGACGUCAACACACGCGCAUUCGACGACACGUUCUCCUGUGAUGCAACCACCUUCAUCACCGUUAAUGCCCCCGCCCCGAUCACCGGUACCAGAGAAUGAGCGCGAUAUCGAUACCAAAUGUGGGGGCGAGGCUGGUAUGGCUGGUGUUGGCCGUAGGGGUUUCGCAGCAGUUGCGCGCGCAGCGAUGCUUGCUGCUUCUUUACCCGGUCCUUAUCAACCUCAGCCCUUAAUUUCACCACAUGAGUCGCGUUCCAAUGCUCCGAAAUUUCUAAAUAUCAAUCCAACUGUGCCUCAUGUUACGCAUGUUCCUGUGACCCCUCCUUUUUCACCCAACUCUGUGUAUGGCUCGUCUCCAGUGUCCCCGCUGCCAUCCUCGCCCAUAUCUCCAGCAAUCCCGACUCCAACCAGUGCACGGUAUCCAAGCUAUCCUAGUCCGACUUUCGAAGUGGAUAAUGUCACCCCAAAGCAGAGUGUGUGUACGCUGUCAUCUCCCAAUGAUGUUCGUGUUGCAUCUCCCUCCCGCACACCAUCUCCGCCAAUUCCAAACCCUUUCGAACGCCGUCUGAGCGGAGAAACAGUAUCUCAGUCUCCGAUGAUGAACGGAUUUAACAUGCACCUCCCAUUGCUUGACAUGCUUAAGCAAGAUGAUGGUGGAGCAAAUGAAUCCGAUGACGAGAGUGUGUACACGACCAACACGUCUGAUACCAAGGGCGCUGCUGUGGAUUCGGAAACUGGUUUAGCCUAUGCAGAUGAAUCUGAUGAAGAUACACCGGUUGUGAUGCCCCUGAAUCUUCGCAAAUCCAAUGCGAAUAUUGACACCAACAAGGUGAGGUUUCCGACGAUGCCUUCGCCGGGCCGCAACCAGUCCUCGGGGCCAGUACGCAAGGAAUCUACUGCUUCGACAAGCUCUGCAGGAUCUGCACACUCUACCGCCGUUGGUAGCCGAACUCGCUGCAAUUCUUCCGCUACUCAGAGCACAGCGAGGUCUGGCGGAGCGCUCGAGCGUGCGAUGGAGACACUCAUCGAGGAGGGUGCAUCUAUAUCGGUGCUUGCUUCCGGAUCAGUUCUCGCUUCGAUAGCAGGACCUUCGACUUGCCGGGGUGGGUCUGGGAAACCAAAUCGAUCGAAUACCGUACCAGGGCCAGCUUCGCCAGAAAACAAAGCACCUAAGUUACCUGCCCGUUCACAUACCAAUCCAUCCCUCCCCCACGUACAUUUGGAACGUGUGAAAGCAACAGGCAAGGUUGCUCGUAUUCGCAACGGAAACGCGGAGGAGAACCACAUUUGCGUAAGGUGUAAGACAAAAAUCGAGGAUGGCAGAUGGAUACAGAUGGACGAGGGAAGCGUAUUGUGCGAGCGCUGUUGGAAGAAUAUGUAUUUGCCCAAGUGUCGCCGCUGUAACCUGCCAAUAGAAAAGCAGGCUGUAUCGUCCAGAGAUGGGCAGCUGAAGGGCAAAUAUCAUAGAGGUUGUUUCAACUGCCAUGCGUGUCAUCAACCUUUUCCGGACAAAGAAUUCUACGUCUUCGAUGGGAAACCGUUUUGCGCGUAUCAUUAUCACGAAGCGAAUGAUUCCUUGUGUGCGGCUGCCUCUUGUGGGCAACCUAUAGAAGGUCCCUGCGCUGUUAACCACGCAGGAAGGCGGUACCACCCUGAACACUUAUUGUGUGAAUAUGAAGACUGGCUGUGGGGAGAGACUGGCGGAGUAUUGGGAGAUCGAUGGUCAAAUGCUUUGCGAACACCAUGCUGGCGUUUCGUGCAGUCGAGAUAGUGCCGCCAUACGGAGUGACGACCAUUCUGACGUUGUGGAAGCAACGAGGGAUGGGGGCCGGGCGAGGAAACGUAUGACGCGGUUUAUCGACCUCGGAGGGGGGGACGAUGGCGAGUUGGAUAUCAGGUAAUCCUUUCUGGAUCAGGACGAUUUCUACCCUCUAUCUUAUUACGCUCUAACAUUCGUGCAUUUAUCUUGGGAC